AUGACAACUGACAGUCUCUCAGCUGCGAAACUCGCCAUUUACUUGAUUCUACUCCAGCCCGCGCUCUACUGUCUAUGGAAGCACGGCAAAACAGGAUUUCUCGGCUGGCUCUAUGUCCAAAUCUUCUGUGUACUCCGCAUAGCUACUGGCGGCAUUGGUCUGCAUGGGAACCAGACGGGGGAAGCCGCUGUGAUUCUCAACAGCAUAGGCUUGUCUCCUUUGCUUCUUUCGAUCUCAGGAAUAUUGCACGAAGCUCGACGUGCUGUAAACCCGCGCCUGAAUAGAAAGCUUGACAUUAUACUAGAAAUCAAGUACCACGGCAUUGUCGCUCUGGGAAUGGUUUUGACAAUUAUAGCUGUUGUCCACCUUUUAAACGGCGGCGAGGUGUCAAAAAAUAAGUCAUUGCUCAACGCUGGCUCGGCCAUAUCGUGCGUUGCCUGGCUACUUGCCGUUCUCUGGGCACUUUGGUCGCAUUCCAUGAAUCGCCGAUUUUCGUCAUACUCGGAUAUGCAAACAUCUGAAAACGGUAAAAUGCUACUCAAUGGAGUGUUUAUCGCACUGCCCUUUGUUGGAAUCCGCCUUGUUUACGGCAUUGUAUUUCUACAAAUGACAAUUUCCCACCCGGAUUCAGGUUUCCUCACGUCCAAGGCCGUACAAGUUUGCCUCAGUUUUCUUCCCGAGCUGGCAUGUAUCACUAGUCUUCUCUUGGUCGGUAUCUUGACUCGUUCUUUGAGACCAGAUUUGAAGAAGAGGGAGCAAGAAGCAGUUCAAUUGGUGUCCAAUCAAGAUGUUGGACUACAGCAGUCGACAGAGUACAAGUAA